AUGGCGAUUGUCAAGAGUCGCUUCCCGUUUCUGGAAUUGCCUGAAACAGAUGUCUUCUCUUUUAUCUUUGAACGGAAGGACAGGCCGUAUCCAGAUUCCCAUGUGAUUUUCCAAGACGCAGACACCACACAAGGAUACUCGUACGCGCAUCUCAAACAGGCGGCUGUGGACUUUGGGAAGGGUUUGAAGGCCAGAUUUCAAUGGAGGAAAGGCGAUGUCCUGGCCGUCUUCGCGGCCAACCAUAUCGACUUUCCCGUGGUGGUGACGGGCACGCUCUGGGCUGGUGGCAUUGUUUCACCUUCAAAUCCCGGUUAUACAGCCGGGGAGCUCGCUUAUCAGCUUAAGGACAGUGGUGCUCGUGUGGUGGUGACUCAGUUUCAGUUGCUUAAUACGGUGAAACAGGCUUGCGGGCUUGCUGGUCUUGGGGAAGAAUCAAUCGUUCUUUUGGGGGAACAGCGCGACCCGAGCGGUCGCAUUCCACACUAUACCGCUGUUCGCAACAUCAGCGGCGCAACGCGAUAUCGAGCCGCCAAGAUCCAACCGAGGCAGGAUCUCGCCUUUUUGGUCUAUUCCUCUGGCACUACUGGAAAACCCAAGGGCGUCAAACUGUCCCACUACAACAUAACUUCCGUUGUCAGCCAGUUGCAGCCGGCUGAACAGUACAAUUUGACCUGGGAUGGCUCCAAGACAAGCGGCGAUAUUCCCCUCCCCAGGCCAGGCUCUGGCGGAGACAAGGUGCUGGCUUGUCUUCCCUUCUUCCACAUUUACGGCUUGACGACGACUAUAUUCAAUCCUCUCUACAGCGGCACAACCACCUUUGUGUUGGCCCGGUUUGAGCUCGAGAAGUGGUGCUCACUGGUCCAGGAACACUCCAUUACGUUUUCCUGUAUCGUCCCACCCAUCGUCUUGCUUUUGUGCAAGCAUCCAGCCGUGUCAAAAUAUGAUCUUUCGAGUAUUCGCAUGACCAACUCAGGUGCAGCACCUCUGUCCAGGGAGAUGGUGGAGACGUGCUUCAAGAGAACGGGGGUUCGAGUCAAGCAGGGAUACGGGCUUUCAGAAACUAGUCCCACUGCAUUCAAUCAGCCUUGGGACGACUGGAACGUCACAAUCGGUAGUGUUGGUCAAGUAUUGUCGAACAUGGAGGCCAAAAUCUGCAUACCAGUGUCAGCGGACGCAAGCAACGUAACACCCCUUGACGUCGAAGAAGCACGUCCCCUCCCACUAGGACAAGUGGGCGAACUCCAUGUCCGUGGACCCAAUAUCUUCCUCGGCUACCAUCACAACGUGGCUGCGACCAAAGAAUGUCUCUCGCCCAGUGGCUGGUUUCGCACGGGCGACAUUGGCUACCUCGACCCCCAGGGCAACUUAUACAUCACGGACCGGGUCAAGGAGCUUAUCAAGUACAAAGGCUCCCAAGUGGCGCCCGCAGAACUCGAAGGGUACCUCUUGGAACAUCCCCAAGUCAAUGACUGCGCAGUGGUGGGCGUCGAAUCGGAGGCUCUAGGCACCGAGGUACCUCGAGCGUACGUGGUGCCGAAAGAAGGAGCACUGCCGGAGGACGCCGAUGCUAUUGCCCAGUGGCUUGCGAAUCGUGUGGCCAACCACAAGAAGCUAAGAGGUGGUGUUAUCUUUGUGGACGAGAUCCCCAAGAAUGCGAGCGGCAAGAUUCUCAGGCGGAUAUUGAAGGAGCGCGCGAAACUGGAAAGCGCCGGGCCACAAGCCACGCCCUUGAACGCCACCAUUAGAGCAAGGCUGUGA